CUCCAUGACGGUUUUCGAUAGUAAAUUUGGCGAGAACACGAACGACUAUUUCAACAAAAAGUCAAUUUGUAUUAUGUUUUUACGCUGAUUAAGCAGAUGAAUCCAUGCUAGCCUAUCCACGUUCUCUUACAGACAUAGUUUUCAUCGAGAUUGCCCAUUGACUAUCCCGUAUCUAAAUUGUCUACCAACUAGUAAAAAUGGGUCGACGCUCGAUCAACACCACGAAGAGUGGGAAGUUUAUGAACCCCACAGACCAAGCACGAAAAGAAGCAAGGAAGAGGGAGUUGAAAAAGAACAAGAAGCAGCGAAUGAUGGUGCGUACUGCGGUGUUAAAGGGAAAAGAGCCCCUUAGACUAUUGGACGAGAUGGAAAUCAUAGAUCAGAUGGAGUUAAACCCAAUGGAAGCCCCGAAACUGAAUGAAAAAGUUCUGAAAGACAAGAGAAAAAAGCUACAUGAAACAUUUAUGAGGGUUUUCAAACUAUAUGAAAAAGAAAAUCCAGAAUAUGCAAAAGAGUUACACAAAGCUAAUGUGGAGUAUGAAAAGAAACGGCAAAGAUUGCAAGUCCACUACGAUCAAGUGAAGAUUGCCGAACGGGUGCAGCUCAAUGAAAUCCCGCUCCCGGACAUGCCAGCUGAGCCAGUUCCGACAAUCCCAUUGCCAAGUGACAUUCCACUCCCUCAGAAAGGCAUUCUGAAGAAAACCUCGGCCUACAGUGAGCCUCACUUGCUUUCAACUUCACCCAAGAAGAAAAGGGCCCCUGGUCCCCCUCCUGGGCCCCCGCCAGAACUCAGCGACAGUGAGCCGGAGAUGGAUGAGUACACUCAUGCGGCAGAGAUGGCAGCUGUAUUGGCCCAGGAAGUGCCGUCAGAAGAGAUGGAGGUGGAUGCACAGUCAGGUGAUAAGAAAAAGAAGAUCCGCUUUAUUGAUGAUGAAAGUAUAGACCCAGAUGAGGAAGAGAAAGACACAAGGCUCAAGUUUAAGCCUCCAAAAGCAAAGGUAACAUCUCUACAAAAGCGUAUGUUGGAAAUGGCGGGGCAGGACAUCCCCAAGAUUGCAAGUGACAGUGACAACAGUGGUAGCUCGUCUAGUUCAGACUCCGACGAUGAUGAUGAAGACCGAGACUAUCGCCGACGUCGAAGGCAGGAAAAACGUGAGCGGAGGGAUAAAGAAGAGGACAGUGACUCAAGUAGUGAAAGUGAGGAGGAAACAUUUGCCUCCCAUAGAGAUGAGAGUGAUGAAGAAGAUAAGCCUGCACCUAUCCUUGAGGCCCGCCCAGAGAUCCCGCCCCUUCUACCCCCAAACAAACCCCUCUCUGCACCCCCUGGGGCUCCUCCUGGACCUCCACCAGGGGCACCUAGCGGGAUGAAUCCAGGAAUGCCUCCAGGUCCUCCACCUGGAGCCCCUCCUAUGAUGAUGAGGGCCCCUCCACCCCUGGCUGGAAUCCCAAGAGCUCCCCCUGGAGCACCACCGGGUGCCCCACAUGGCGCCCCUCCUGGGGCACCCCCCAGGAUGAUGAGACCUGGACCUCCCCCUGGGAGGCCCCAAGGAAUGCCCCCAGGACCCCCGCCUGGCCUCCCGCCCAACAUCAGGAUGCCCCCAAGGCUACCCCCUGGAGGGCCCCCUGGUAUGCCACCUCCGCGUAUGGUUCGACCUCAAAGUGGGCCUCCCAGCAUGCUGGCCUCCUUGCCUCUACCCCCAGGGGUAGCACCACCUUCGCUGCAGAACCCAAAUGUUAUCAGCGCUCAACCCAGCAUUAUGAAACUACCGCAAAAGGCCCCAUCAGAACAGAAGAAGGAUGCUGCCACCAUCUCAGCCAAGCCUCAGAUCAAGAACCCCAUUGGCGACGUCACACGCUUCAUGCCCACUUCACUCAAGGUCAAGCGGUCAGCGAAGGAAGUGAAGGGGAAAAAGCAAGGGAAGGAAGAAGAGAGGCGUUUGGUGGCGCCAAAACCGGCCCCGGCGGCCCAGCAGCCUGGCAAAAAGAAAGACGAUGCCUAUGACCAGUUUAUGCGGGAAAUGGAGAAUCUCUUGUAGCAGAGGAUAGAUUGCAUAAGAUAUAGAUGCCAUGGGAACAGAAUUGGAUGUUACCCCAUAACAGAUGGUGACUUGGAAAGGUCAAACAGAUGGUGACUUGGAAAGGACAUCUCUGUUUUUUACACAUGACGAGAAUCACUUUCAUGAGAAUGUGAAGAUGGAAACUCCAGAUAUUCUACAUGAAUCAUUUGUUUAAUGAUUGUAUUUCUCCAUUAAACUAAGUGGUAUUUCUUCAUUAAGGGGAUGCAAUUUAAUCCUAGAAAAACAGACAUUGCUUUAUGGCACAGAAGAGUGAAGAUUUCUGUAUUGCAAUUUCAAUAUCAAACACAUCUGCAUGCCGGAUAGCAGCAGAAAAGAAAUGAAAUAAAUACAUGUAUAUGAUACAUGCAUAUUCACUAAAAAGAAUAUGGUGGAAUUCGGUAUAAAACUUACAAGGCAUAUUUCCCCCCAUUUCUAUUUUCUUAUGCUGUUUCAGCAACUUUUUGGUCAUGUUGAUUUUGGAACAAGGUGUUGGAAUUUUUAUAUCUUUAUCAUGAUAUCUUAAAGUGUUGACUUUCCACAAUCAGUCUGAUUACCAUAUAUAGUGUAUAACAAUCUUUCUCUGUAGGUGUUUCAAGUGCAUUUAAGGUUUCAUUUUAUUGAUGUCUUUUCAUGAAAUUAUGAUAAAAGUGUAGUAUAAAAUUAGGGCUUAAUGAAAAAAUGUGUUAAGCCCUUGUUAAAAGUAAUCUUUCAUAAAGUUAUGAAAAUAAAUUGAUCAUUCAAAUGCAUAAUAAUUUAUUAUUUAUGGCCGGAAAAAUACGUACAUCUCUUACAUUUUCCGCUUGUUAAAGGAUUAUAAAAUUAUGAUCAUUGUUUUGUAUUCAAACCAUUGUGUCCGUUGUAUACAGAAAACAUCAUUCAUUCAUCAAUUCAUGUGUUAAUGUCUUUAAUUUCAUUGUAGGCAUAAAAUGCAACCAUCAAUAAAUCAUUAUGCCUUUUCUAUACACCAUUGUACUUCUAUGUCAUUUUUUUUCACCAUGGAUUUUUAGCGACAUUGUAUUUCACCUCCAUGGGGAGAAAAUUAUAAUUAUUUUCAAUUACCAUUUAUUGUUCUGAAUGAAUUUUUAUUUAGAAUCAAUAAAAAAGUUCAAUACA